AUGAAUUGCGACAUAUGUCAGAAACCGCAUCAUACCCAGCAACGGCCUUUCCUUUGCGCCGUUGAUGCGCGCAACCACUGCUAUGAGGGUCGUCUCAAGAACCUCCAGAUCUUGAUGGAGAAUGAGGGCCUUCAGCAACAGAUCAACGAUUUGCUCUCACAGGACAAAACCACUGAUGCGCCCAAUCAAUAUCUUGCUAUGGAGUCGUCCGUAUCCGAACAGAAGCAAGCUGAAGACCGGACCGCUCAGAUCAUCGCACAAGCCGACAAGCUGAAGAAUGAGAUCGCUGCCGCCAAGAAGGAAAUCGCGGAUCGCAAGGCUGCUCUCUCGCGCCGCAAGUCGGACUUAGCCUCUGUUUCGGACGGCAUCGAGGCGCGCAGAGCAAGGCAGCUGGACGAGAGUGAACGCUCCAUCUCGGUUAACAAGUAUAAAUGGAACCGCAGCGCCGACAACAUGGCUGGCACUCGAGCCUUUCUGUGUAUGGAAGCAGCAAAGCUCUAUGGUCUUCGUCGGAUCAAGAAAGGCUCUUCGUCUCGAUACGACUACAAGAUCGGUGGCGUUGAUGUCAUUGAUCUUUCGUCUAUGAAUGCUGCGUCUCCCGAGGUCUUAUCCACCUCACUCGCCAACAUGGCCCACAUUGUCGCCCUGACGUCGCAUUACCUCUCCAUCCGCCUGCCUGCAGAGAUCACGUUGCCGCGUCGGGACUACCCGCGCCCCACGAUCUUCAACCUUACAUCGUCGUAUCAGCACGGCGAUGUACCCUUCCCGGGUACGUCUGUCAUCCCGAACCUCAGUUCAGACGAACGCGACAGCCAACCACAGUAUGUGCCGCGACCUCGGCCCCUCUAUGUCGACAAGGCGCUCCCAGUCCUCGCCAAGGAAGACCCGGCCGUCCACUCUCUUUUCCUCGAGGGAGUUACUCUUUUGGCGUACGAUAUCGCGUGGGCUUGCUCCACUCAAGGGGUUUCCGUCGGUGACCGUAACUCCUUCGAAGACGUUUGCCACAUGGGUCGCAAUCUGUACAACCUUCUCAUCGGCCAGCAGCUUCAUAGCACUCAGACGGGUCGCAUCUACCCCCCUGUUUCGUCAUCUCCCGCAACGAAGCAUGACACCCCCGAGCAGGAGGAGAUCGGCAAAGUGUCAUCUUGGAUGGGACGAUACUCCCACGGUACCGCCCACGCAUUCCUGGGUGGUGCAGAGGGUUCCGAUUUCGUCCGCAGCUUCAAGCUCCCGAGCCCCUUGAAGCUUGCCGACAAGCUCAAGAAGAAGCUGUUGAGUGAGGUAGCCGCGCCCGAGUGGGAAGUCUUGGAGGAUGAUGCUUGGGCCAUGGAAGAGAGCGAAGGCACGCAGAAUCGCACGGCAGGUGGCGGAACAAAUGGCUGGACAAAGGUGAAGAAUAGGUAA